AAUAAACCCUCAAAGAAAACCCAGGAACCCGAAUGAAGACCCGGAUUCGGAAAACCUAGCGUUUAAGAACUGGACACGUCCGCAAUUACCUCACUGGUGUAAUCCAGGGAAAUAGUUUUUAUUGUUAAAUAAAUUCACAGCCCCCAAAUCUCUCGACCCGGAGAUUUCUUCUGAUUCCGUCCUCAAAUUUCUCUCCCGGAAUUUUUUUUUCCCAAUUAUUUGCUUACCUAAUUUCUCUAAUUCUUUCUGAAUCUUCUUUCGGUAAAAAUCUUUUUCAUUUUCUUUUUUGCCAUUUCUCAAGUGGGCUCUCCUUUGGUGGAAUCUGAAGGAUUUUGGGCUGUGCUUAAAGGAUUGUGAUCUAGGUUCCAUCUGGUCCCCAGGAGAAUCCACGGAAAAGCAAACAGGAUCGAUUCAGUAUCUGGAUUUUCUUUUUUUUUUUUUAUUAAUAAAUUUUCCGUUUUAAUUAAAGAUGCGUUUUUACUUGAUUGAUGGUUUACAUCAUUUUGUGGCUUAGUGAAUUGAGUUUUUUUAUAUUAUUUACUUUUCUUUUCUUCUAUUUUGCCUUUGUUCUUUGAACUGGCUUUGAUCAUCUUUUUUGUUUUUCAUUUUAGUUUACAGGAAACGAAAGCAGAUGAGCUUGCCGCCGUAAAAUGUGAUAUUUUUGUUGAUUAUCUUUAAUUUUCUGCAACUUAAAUGCAUCUAAGGUCUAGUUUUAGAUAAGUUUGUUCGAGUUGAUACUUGACUUGAUGAGAAAGAAGAGGAAAGGAAGUGAAACUGAUGUGUCUCCUGAGGUAACAAACAAUUUUGCUUCGUCUUGUGGUUCCAGAUCAUCUAAUAUUAGGUCUCAUUUUUCAUUAGAAGAUUACGCGAGGCUAAAAAAGAGGUGCAAAGAAGAUGUUGAUGCACCUCCUGUUUGUUCAUGUAAAAGUAGACUCGCUGGCAUUGCUACCGCCCCACCUUGUGGUGCAUCUUCUUUGGUCCCUCCCGGAAGAGGUCUUAAGAGGAAGAUAGGGUGCAUUGAGGUAAUAACACAAAUUGGUAGGAAGAAAAAGAUCGAGGAUGAUUAUGUUAAAGGUGCCACAAUUGGGCGGGGGAAAUUUGGGUCAGUUUGGUUGUGUAGGUCUAGGACUAGUGGAGUCGACUUUGCUUGUAAAACACUAUGUAAGGGAGAGGAGACUGUUCACAGAGAGGUAGAGAUAAUGCAGCACUUAUCUGGUCAUCCUGGGGUUGUGACUUUGCAGGCAGUGUAUGAGGAGCCGGACUGCUUUCAUCUUGUAAUGGAGUUGUGCUCUGGAGGUCGUUUGAUUGACCAAAUGGCAGAGGGUCAGUAUUCAGAGCAACGUGCUGCUAAUAUUUUUAAGGACGUUAUGUUAGUAAUUAAGUACUGUCAUGAGAUGGGAGUUGUGCAUAGAGAUAUAAAGCCAGAGAAUAUUCUUCUCACAACUUCAGGAAAGAUAAAGCUGGCAGAUUUUGGUCUGGCCAUGAGAAUUUCCAAUGGUCAGACUUUGUCUGGUUUGGCUGGAAGUCCAGCUUAUGUUGCACCUGAGGUUCUGUCAGGAAAUUAUUCAGAGAAGGUUGAUAUAUGGAGUGCUGGUGUGCUCCUACAUGCACUUUUGGUUGGUGCUCUUCCAUUUCAAGGAGACUCCUUGAAGGCAGUGUUUGAGGCCAUCAAGAAUGUAAACCUUGAUUUUCACUCAGGGAUAUGGGAGUCUAUAUCUAAACCUGCACGUGAUCUGUUGGCAAGAAUGUUGACAAGGGAUGUUUCAUCAAGAAUAACUGCAGAUGAAGUACUAAGGCAUCCCUGGAUAUUAUUCUACACUGAGCGUUCUUUAAAGACAUUAUCCAUCAAAUCAAAGUCAAAGAAUCAAGUAGGACCUUCCAUUCAAAUUUACAGUUCUCCUGGAUCCAAGUUAAGUGUGAGGAGGAUAGAUGGUGGUUCUCAUAGUCGGGUUCCACAGCCGGUCUCGGCGUCCAGCAGUUCAAGUUGCAAGUCAGAGGAACAAGAUGAAAAUGGUGUGGUGGAUGUGCUCGCUGUGGCAAUUUCCCAUGUGAGGAUUUCCGAACCAAAACGGAGCCGACUUUGUAGUCCCACAGGACCUAUAGAGCAGCAGUGUUCAUCUAACCUGACGGCUAACAACCUCUGUAGAGCCUUUUGA